CUGCAUUUGGAAUUGGAAGAUUUGGAUAUUGGAUUAAUAAAUUAUAACCUCAACUAAAACCCCAAAAAAUUAAAAUAUUGUUUAUUUCUGUCUGUUACUCUAAUUUUUGUGUGUUGGUGCGAAAAGAUGGAUAAUUAUAGUAAGCAACUGGCCCAAGAUAUUUUCCUUCGCGAGCCCGCAGAUGCUCGAAUAAGAAAACAGAAAGAGCAGCCCCAAGAUGAUGACCCUCACCCGACUCUUAAAGUGGAAAUGCAAACUAUUAGGCUUCAUCCAGAUUCUCAGAAAUUUGUUUUAGAAACAUUAAGAUAUAUCCAUGGGCCAGAUUUUAAAUUGAAGAGUGCAGGUUUGUAUAAGGACAAAAGCUCUAACCUACGUAACAGGUUUUGGAUGGAAAGAGGUAACUUGGUUGUACAAGGAGGCUUUGAUUAUUCACUAAAUACGAAACCUGACAUGAAAUCAUCAGAAGCGAGAUUAAGGGAAUUUGCAUUGGCUAAACUUGAAAGGUAUAAUUUUCACAAGGCGCACUGUGCAGAAGCGUUAGAAAUGGCAGCUGAAAAUUUAGAUUUAGCAUUAGAAAUACUUUUUAGCAAAUAUUAUAAAAUCAACUUAAGUGAUAAACCUGAAAAUAUUCCAUCCAGUUCAGAACUAUUAGAAAUGAUUAAUGAUGAGAAGGCAGUGCUUGAAUCAAUAUAUGAUAGUCAAUUUAAAGUACAAGAUUGUAAUGUUUGGAGAGUGAAACUCAAGUUAGACUAUUUAACAAAAAUGUAUGCCAAGAAAAUAGUUAUACCUAAAAAGAAGGAGGAUAGUAAUUUUAAAACAAAAAAGAAAGAAAUUUGUAAAUUAUACCUUAGUGGACCUUGUAGAUUUGGUGCUAAAUGCAAGUUUUUACAUGAAUCUAAAAUAGAGAGUACUGCACCAUGUAUAGAGGAAGACAAAGAACAGAUUACAUUUGAAUUAGAAAUAAGAUUUCCAAAAGGUAGUGUUUAUCCAUAUGAGCCUCCACUGUUAUUUUUUUUGUUAGAAACUAGAAAUAAUUUGAUUCCUGGGAGAACAUGUUUACUUAUAACAUCUAAAUUGCUUGAAGAGGCACAAAACUUAGCACAAGAUGGCAUACCAAGUAUAUACUCUAUUGUAGAAUUAUUGAACAAUGAGGAUGAAAUUAAGAAUUGUAUACAGUUUUCAACAAAAGAGUUUCCUAGCAUUACAGAGCCUUUGUUUCCGCAGUUAAUCGAAAGUCUGGAUUCAAAUGAUCACAAGCCCACUCAUUACAACAAAAGGGAUAGCCAGGACAGGAAAAAUAUUAUAAACUUUGAUGAAAUGUUAAAAGAGAACAGAGAUUUAGCAAAGAGAUGGAAGGAGAAAAGAACGAACAAUAGAUACAAUAAAAUGAUGUCUGUGAGAGAAAACUUGCCUGCUUGGCAAAAGAGAGCAGAUAUAUUAAAUGCUAUGAAGAAGUCACAGGUAAUUGUUAUUAGUGGUGAAACAGGGUGUGGAAAGAGCACUCAAGUGCCUCAAUAUAUUUUGGACGAUUGGUUAAGAAACUUUUCAAAUGAUCCCAAACAUGUGGAGAUAGUGUGCACACAGCCCAGGAGGAUAUCAGCAAUCGGGGUUGCAGAGAGAGUUGCUGAUGAAAGAGUGGAGAAGAUUGGUCAAGUUGUUGGAUAUCAGAUAAGAUUGGAGAGUAAAGUGUCAUCUAAAACUCGCCUGGUAUUCUGCACAACUGGCAUACUGCUGCGGAGGUUAGAGUAUGACCCGCAGCUCAGCUCCGUCACCCAUGUGAUAGUUGACGAAGUCCACGAGAGAUCAGAGGAGAGUGACUUCUUGCUUCUCAUACUUAGAGACCUCAUCAAAGUGAGGAAAGACCUGAGAGUUAUAUUAAUGAGUGCGACACUCAAUGCUGAUUUGUUUUCCGAUUAUUUUGAUAAUGUGCCAGUAUUAGAAAUACCAGGUAGAACAUUUCCAGUAGAACAAGUCUUUUUGGAGGAAAUCAUGGACAUAACAAAUUACAUCUUGGAAGAAAAUGGACCGUAUGCAAGAAAAUUGAAAAAAGAUAAGAAAGCUGAUUUGGAGAUAGAGAUAGAGACAUCUGACGUGAGAUCGGAGGCGUCCGAACCUCCUAAAAUAUCAAUUCGUGAUGAAAAUCUGACGCUCUCACAGACGUUGGCGAGAUACCCCAAGUGUAACAAGCUAACAUGCAAGAACAUGUAUCUAAUGGAUGUGGAAAAGAUAAAUUUAGAAUUAGUUAAACAUGUUUUGACUUACAUAGUUGAAGGUGACCAUGACUGGCCCAAAGAGGGCGCUAUACUAAUAUUUUUGCCCGGGAUUGGAGAAAUUAUGUCUCUGCAUGAUCAACUUGCCGAAAGUCAUACUUUUAGUCCAAAGACUGGCAAGUAUAUGUUAGUGCCACUUCACUCCACUUUAUCCAGCGAAGAACAAUCACUGGUAUUCAAGAAACCCGGUCCAGGGGUCCGGAAGAUUGUGCUUUCUACCAAUAUUGCGGAGACCUCUGUCACCAUAGACGAUUGUGUUUUUGUUAUUGACUGUGGGCGAAUGAAGGAAAAGAGAUUUGAUUCCAACCGCAAUAUGGAGUCACUAGACCUCGUGUGGGUGUCCCGAGCUAACGCCAAACAACGUCGCGGUCGGGCUGGUAGAGUGAUGGCGGGCGUGUGCAUCCAUCUUUACACGUCCCAUAGAUACACGUAUCACAUCAGCGAGCAGCCGGUCCCGGAGAUACACCGGGUCCCCCUGGAACAGCUGCUGUUGAAGCUGAAGAUACUGCCGCUCUUUAUGGAUAUGAAUGUGCAUGAGGUUUUGGCCAAAACUAUAGAACCACCAGAAAAACAGAACAUAGAUGGCGCUUUAUCCCGUCUCCAAGACGUCGGAGCUCUAGACAAGGAGCUGGAACUCACCGCGCUGGGCAAACAUCUGGCCUCGUUGCCCGUUGACGUGAGAAUUGGGAAGUUGAUGCUGUUUGGUGCUAUAUUCUGUUGCGUUGAUUCUGCACUUACUAUGGCGGCCUUUCUAAGUCACAAGAGCCCGUUUGUAGCGCCGUUUGGAAAAAAAACUGAAGCUGAUGCUAAGAGAAGAGAGUUUGCUUGUUUCAACAGUGAUCAGCUCACUACACUCAGAGCGUACAGGAAAUGGCAGCACGCGAUGAAGUCCAGUUCGUACGCGGGUCUUGUAUUUGCCAAUGAGAAUUUCCUCUCGCACAAGACAUUGUUGAUGUUGGCAGACAUCAAACAUCAGCUGCUUGGCUUCCUGGCCUCCAUCGGCUUCGUACCUGAUGUCCCGGCGUUGAGGAAGAAGACCAGGAACGAUUCUGUAGCGGCGCUGACGGGAGAUGAGUUGAAUUCAAACGGAAGCAAUGAUAGAUUAUUGGCGGCCAUUUUGUGUGCUGCUUUGUACCCAAACGUAGUGAAGGUGCUAACGCCAGAAAAAUCAUUUCACAUGCAAGCUGGUGGGGCGAUACCGAGGCAGCCGAACCCUGACGAGUUGAAAUAUAAAACUAAAACAGAUGGCUACGUGGCCAUGCAUCCCUCUUCAGUCAACUUCACCGUGGGGUACUACGCCAGCCCCUACCUCGUGUACCAGGAGAAGAUGAAAACAUCGCGGGUGUUCAUUCGAGAGUGUUCCAUGGUGCCGCAGGUGCCUUUGCUGUUAUUCUCGGGUUGUAACCUCGUGGUAGAACUACAUAACGGAACGUUUACAAUGUCAUUAUCAGAUGGAUGGAUCAUGUUCCAAGCGGAAAGCCAUGAAGUGGCAGAAAUGCUUAAAGCAAUACGACAAGAGUUGGUGAACUUAUUGGAAGAGAAAAUCAACGAUCCCUCCUUGAACUUGCUGCACUACGAGAAAGGGAACAGGAUUAUUAAAACAAUCGUUCAAAUUGUGACUAAAGACUAGAUAAAUACACUGCUAAAUAGAAGAUAUUACUACUACUAGACUAAAUAGUAUUUACUUUGGUAUGAGAUAUUGUUCGUGAUGUUAAUAUUAAGCUUCCUUUAAGCUUUAGUCUUAAUAUCACUAAUUCCGUCAAAUAACUUGUACUUCUUAAAAUCACCGACCUGUAUAAACCACUGGACAGGCUGUUCCAUAUGUUUGACAGCAAAUUUUUGUGCCUAUUUGAAGCGCCACAAGGCGAGCGUCCAGCGAACUAAUUUUGACGUAUAAUGCAAAUGGCUUCGAAGAAACGUACAAAUACUCUGAAGUAUUUUUGCAUUUUGAAUUAAUAUCGUUGGUUUUCCCUGUUGUUUAUACUUCAAGAAUCAACGUAUAAAAGUACACAAUAUUAUUUUUGUAAAUAGUAUCCCACAAUCUAUCGAUGUUUGCUGUGGUUGUCAUCACUAGUUUAAGUACCGCAGACUCUCGCUACAUGGCCAACAGCGCCAAAAUGGCGAAUAUCAAACAGGCACAAAAGCACUUUCACAGCCGCCGCUCCAGUGGUAUGUAGUAGAGGUCAGUGUUUAAAAUACACUAGAUUUUAGUUCAAUAAAAUCAUUUGAGUAGUUUGGAAGUUACGAUAAUUUUCGUUUUCGCAUUAUUUUAAUAUUUCAUAUGUCGCGGAGUGUCCACGUGUCUUAAUAGCACUGCACGCCGCUCUUACAUAAUACAGUAAUAGAACAGUACUUUAACUCCAUACAAGAGCGCUCGAAUUGACGCACUCACACAUACAUACGAUCUACACGACCGCUAAGCAAUCUUGGGAAGACAAAACUAAUGAGUGUCGCGCCGUACGCCGCCGAGACUGGUCGCUUUCCGAGUUUAAUUAUUAUUAUUUUUGUAUGUACCAACCCUAGCACUCCGCCCAAACGUAGGUAUAAAUUUCAAGGAGAACGCUGAGAUACGCUACUGUUUUAUUAUUUGUAUUGCUGCUGUGAGGCCCGCUUUCAUCUUAAUGAGUGGGUUUAGUUUAUUGAGGUCAAAGAGGUCAGUGACCCCCGUUUCAAAUGAAAUAACUAAAAAACUGUCGGAAAAUAUUUUUUCCUAUUUAUUUUGUUUAUAAUAGAGAAAAAUUUUAUGGUAUUCAUAAGAAGUCGUGCUUGUCAAUGUAAUGUGUAUUAAUGACGUAUAAAUAUAGAAAUUCCAAUAUUGGCAAUCAAAUAUUUGUAUGCCGAUAUAUUGGCGAAUUGUGCUGUACAUAGUCUAUCAAUUGUUAAGAACUAUGUUACCAGGAUUCAUACAAAUAAAUUAAUUUCAUUUCAAUUUCAUUUCUUACUCAGGCUGAACGGCAUUGUCUGAUGUGGUCGGGGCCUUAUCAUUAUACUCUGAUUAUCUUUAAGUCUCGUUCUUAAAAUAAUUACAAAUUCACUUACUAUU